AAAAAGACAAGUUGAUCAAAUUAAGUUAUUUCUUACCUAGACUGUUGUUACAAGAGCUGCUAAGGGAAUCUUUCUUGCACCUCCAAUCCAAAGGAAUUAUUUGACACCUCAAACCAGCAACCACCACCACCACAGAAGCACCAUCAGGAGAAAAGAAGCAGGGAAAAAUAAAAACAAAAAUAUGCUGCUAAGAAGCUCUUCAACUCCACUUCUUGGAUCAAUCCUUUCUUCCAUCACAGAUAGCCCCAACAACAACAAUCACUACGAAACCAGCACCCCCAUCAGGCAUUAUCCAUCAACCUCCUUUCUCCACAACCACAACAGAAUCUCAUUUCAUCCCUCUCCUGGCUCUCUCCACCUCUCUACUAUAGUUUCUUGCGGCUCCUCUCCUAUAUCUCCCUCUGUUGUCGAUCAAUCCUCUGAUUUUGAUCGUCAAGGCUUUCGCCGGGCUCAGUCUGAAGGCAACUUGGAAAGACUUGUCCAUGCUGCUUGCGAUACCAAUGAGGAAUUCUACAAUCACAACCAACCCAAGAACCUUUCUGCAAGGCACCAGCGCUUGAUGUUGCAAACCAUCCCUUCCUUUUCCUUAUAUAAUUCCAAGGCCAGAUGUGAGGAAGAGGAAGAUGAGAGUGAUUUAGAAGAAGAGGAAGCGGAGUUGAAGGAAAAUGAAGAACUACUAGACAGUGGUGAAGAGAGGGUAACGGCGAUGAAUGGUAGCCUUGAAUUCAACGCAUCCCGCAUGGAGAAUUUAUUGUUGAAUGAGGAGGUUAAGGGUAAAAGUUGGAAUGUUGGUUUUGAAGAUGAAGGGGGGUUGGCCGGGGAAAAAAUGUUUCUUGCCAGGGGGCUUGGCACUGAUGGUGGUAGCGCGGGUAGUGUGAGUGGCGGCAGCGGUGGGGGUGGGGGUGGUGAAUUUAAUCCAACCGGCUCUGGCGGAGAUGGUGGUGACAACCAUGAAGUUGAGGAGCAUUACAGGAGGAUGGUGGAGGAAAAUCCUGGCAACCCCUUAUUUUUGGGUAACUAUGCUCAGUUUUUGUAUCAGUCAAAGAAAGACCUUGCGGCAGCAGAAGAGUAUUACGCUCGAGCCAUCCUAGCAGAUCCAAAAGACGGUGAAACACUGUCGCAAUAUGCCAAGCUAGUAUGGGAGCUACAUCAUGACCAAGGAAAAGCUUCAAGCUACUUCGAGCGAGCAGUUCAAGCUUCUCCUCAAGACAGCCACGUUCUUGCAGCAUACGCUAGUUUUCUGUGGGAAACAGAGGAAGAUGACGCAGAUGGAUGUGCCGCCCCUAGCGGCAUUGAUUCCAUGCCCCCCACAAAUUCAUCAUGGAGCCCUGACAAGCGCCUAAGCAGCUAGCUUGGACACAUAAUAAGGGAAGCAUUGAAGCAAAUUGUCCAUGUAUUAGAUAAAUCAAAGGGACACAUAAUAAGGGAAGCAUUGAAGCAAAUUGUACAUGUAGUAGAUAAAGCUUAAUAGUGCAAACCAAGCUUUUACACUUGGUAAGAAGGGUUGCUGUCAAUUUCUGAUAUAUAUUAAUUAAUUGCUAGGCACUCCUUCAUGAACUACUUGUAGGAGGGUUAAAUUCAUGCUGACAAGCUUGAUUUUAUAAAAACCCAAAUGUGAAUAGUAGUGCAACAGAAUACAAUUAUUGGGCUUCCAA